CCUAAGCGGCUCAGAGGGAAGUUCGUUCGCUCUCGUUUCUCGCUUCCAUCUGCUGCUUUUUCGCCUCCCUUCUUUUCACAUCUUGAUCGAAACGAACACAUAAGACUCUCCUUUCUUGAUAUCUGUGAUUAUUUCAAGCGUGUGUUGGUGCGAUUAUUAGAAAAAGAUCAUCGAAGUCAGGGAGGUACAAAGCGAGAUCUCUGAAGAUGAGGAAGGGGUCCUCGGUUUCAGACACAACGAUUAUAUCAGCCUCUCUUAUUGAGCCGAAUAUGGGCUUGAUUUCGGGCUCCGAUCGCCGUUCUGCAGUUUAUUCCACACACAUCCAAAUGAUCACACCGCCUUCACAGCCUAAUCAUGUCCGGGUGUCUUCAUCUAGCAGCCUGUAUACAACUCCUCUCCAAGGAUCUACAAACAGCACCGGCUUGCGACCUGCUUUAGGACGACCUCCGGCCAAACGGCGCUUGGACUUAGACCUCGCUGAUCACCAGUACAGCGAACCGGCCCGAACGCCGAGGGGUCGCAGAGCAGCUCUCAGAAUGAAGAGUCCUAAAGCUCCUAAAACCCCACCAGAGAAGUCACGCUACGACACGUCCCUCGGCCUCCUGACCAAGAAGUUCUGCCAGCUGCUGGCUCAGUCCUCAGAUGGCGUGCUGGAUCUGAACCAGGCUGCCGACACGCUCAACGUCCAGAAGAGACGCUUGUACGAUAUCACCAACGUGCUGGAGGGUGUGCGGCUCAUUAAGAAGAAAUCAAAGAAUAACAUCCAGUGGCUGGGCUCGACUCUACCCUCGGAAUCGGGUCCGGUGUGUCCCCUGGGCCAGCUGCAGACUCUGAGCAGAGAGAUGCUGGCCCUGAGAGACGAGGAGAGACGACUGGACGAGCUCAUUCAGGCCUGCACUUUCAAUGUGCAGCAGAUGACUGAGGAGAUGCACAACCAGAAGUAUGCCUAUGUCACAUACCAGGACAUUCGGAGAAUCAAAAGCUUGCAGGACCAAACUGUAAUCGCUGUUAAAGCACCAACAGAAACUAAACUGGAGGUUCCUGACCCAAAGGAGAGUUUACAGGUUCAUCUGAGCAGCUCUAAAGGCCCUAUCGACGUUUUCCUCUGCACGGAUACCAGCGAGUCCAGCACUCCCCUGCGUAACGGCGUGGACGUGAACGGAAACGACACUGCUUUCCUCCGAAUGUCCAGAGAAGACACCAAAGAUACAGAAAUGGGCGAUUCUCAGCAGUCCAACAGCAGCAUGACGCAGAGCGGGACAGCACCCCUGUCUCCCUUCAGCUCGUCUCUGUCUUCCAUCCUGGGCCCGUUCGUGACGCUCUCGCCCGCGCUGCUGGGAGACGAGUACCCGCUGGGCAUGGACGAGGAGCAGGGCAUCAGCGACCUGUUUGACUCCUGCGACCUGGACAUGCUGCCUCUGGACGAGCUGCUCAUGGUGUGAGCCUGCAGGUGAACAGGAGAUGGUUUACAUGUCCAUUUUUUUU